AUGCCGAUCGGAGAUUUGCUCGCCUCCAUCAGUGGCGACUCGUCACGCCCAUCCUCGACGCCGCCGCUGCCGCGAGCGAAUAGCAACCUCAAGCGCAAAGCGAUGAGGAGUUGCGGCCUGCGGUCUCAAAGACCCCGAGGACUACGCCAGACAUCAUCCAAGUUCAAGAGUUCUGCCAGGCCCGUCAAUGGUCCUUCUCGGCCGACCAACGGCUUGGCUCGCCCAACAAACGGCACAUCACGACCAGGAGGCCCACCACACCAGCGGAAUAUCGCUACCAAAGACCCUCAUAGCAGCGUUUCUGGCCGAGGAAAGGACAAGCGAGCUCCUCCUGUUGAAGAGAAGAAGAUCAAGAAGGCCGCUGUUGCCACGACCGGCUAUACUGGCACAGCCCGGCCCCGUCCUGGCACCACUUCCAAGGCGAAACCUGCAGCUCCUGGUGGCGCUCUCCUCAACCCCCGCACAGCGCCCCGCUAUGGUGGCUCCUCCAAGCGCUCCCGCUACGAUGAAGACGAGGACGAGGAGAUGGACGACUUCAUCGACUAUGAUGACGAGGAAGAGGACGACAUGGGCGGGCCCUCGCUAUCGUUAUGA